CAAAAUCCGUCACACAAUGGAAAAAUACCAACUACGGGAACUUCAAUACCAACUACGAGAACUUCCCAGCUCUGGUGACUUUUUUGCAAGGCUGCCGUGCCUCCUCUGCGCCUUGAACCUCACCGGAAUCCCACGGGAUUAUCCACUUAGCACCCUUUUCUCAGAGCACAAAACCCCGCGGCUCUGCUCGCUCCAGGCCGCUGAGUGAUCGGGAAAAAAUGCAAGAGGAGCAGCAAACACGCGGAGAAAUCAUUCCCUGUGUGACUCGGGUGUUUCGAAACUUCUGCGGUCGCUUGAGCGGCGAGCGAAAAUAACGAGUGGCUAAAACUGAAAGGAAGAACAGCGAAAGCCAAUUCGGCUUCUCGGGCAAAGCAAACCGCGCACGGGAGUUCAAGCGGUUUUGGAGAGAAUGAAGGAACACGCCGAAUUCUCAGCCCCAGGUCAGCCCCUUCUUGCACCUCAGUCAAGUCACGCCCAGCUAUAAAAGCUCCCGCUGGGCAGGAUUGAUUCAUUCGGUUCGGCGUCCUGGGAAGAGACGGUCGUCCCCAGAGCCGAGUCCGGACCUUGCCCGGGCUGUGCCCGCUCCGCGCCCGCCCUGCGAUCCGGCGCGCUCCGCUCGCCAUGCGCUGGCACCGACGGGGCCGGCUCUGCCUCUGGCUCUGCCUCUGCCUGGCCGCGCUGCUGCUGCUGCUGCUGCCCACGCAGGCAGCCCCUUGGGAAGCCAGUGCUGUUGCCCUGAGGAAGAGAGACAGCUUGGAUUCCUUGGAUCUACGCUGGGAAGAUGAUUACUACAGGAAAAGCGAUGGUGUCUAUUGCAAGAAGUGCCCUGCAGGCACCCACCUUAUCAAGGAGUGUGAGGAGCAGGGAGGCUCCAGCACGUGUGAGCCCUGUGGACUCGGGGAAUACAUGGAAUAUCCCAACACCUUCCCGUCGUGCCAGGAGUGCUCCAAGUGCAGGGAAGAUCAGGUGGAGCUGAGCCCCUGCCAGCCCCAGAGGAACACGGUGUGUGCCUGCAGGAACGGCACCUUCUGCCCCCCGGAGCACCCCUGUGAGAUGUGCCAGAAGUGCCAGCCCAGGUGUCCCGACGGUCAAGUGGUGCUGAAGCCCUGCACACCCACGAGUGACCUGCAGUGUGGUCCUGACACGGCCACCUUCCCCUCCUACCUCACGGGUGGCAUCAUUGCAGGGAUUGUGAUUGGGACUGGGAUUGGGAUCGUGAUGAUUGGGAUUGCUGUCUGCUGCUGCUGCAAACACCACUGCAGCUCCCCAGGUGAGUGCAGGGGACCCCUGGAGCACCCACCUUGGCCAGGGGCUCUGCCCUGGUGUGGGCUGGGUGGACAGAGAGACCCCAGGAACACCCACCUGGUGGUGGACAGAGAGAUCCUGGUAACACCCACCUGGGGUGGGCUGGGUGGGGAGACCUUGGGAACAUCCACGUGGUGUAGGAGGAGAGACCCCAGGAACACCCACCUGGUGUGGGAAGAGAGACCCCAGGAACACCCACCUGGUGUGGGAAGAGCGGGAACAGACACCCCAGGAACACCCCAGGAACACCCACCUGGUGUGGGAAGAGAGAUCUUGGUGUGGGAAGAGAAACCCUGGGAGCACCCACCUGGUGUGGGCAGGGUGGGAACAGAGACCCCAGGGGCACCCACCUGGUGUGGGAGGGUAGGAAGAGGGUCCUGCCUAGGCAAAGAGGGAUCACAGCUCUCUUUCCAUUUUCCAGGGGAUCGGAGCCCCUCGUGCAGGAGGCCCUUUGAAAUUGUGUUUCAGAAGCUGCCGUGGUGCAAGAGCAAGAGAGAGAACAGCGGGAGAGAGGACAACAUCCCCAACGAGUGGACAGAGAGGGAGCAGAGGGCAGCAGAGAGACAGGAGAUGCUGCCAACUAAGAGUGAGAGGCCCUGGAGGACUCUGGUUCCUCCACCAGGGACUGAACCCGUUAAAGCGCUGAGGGACACCUUUGACACCUUUGCGGAAAAAGUGCCCGUGGACUACUGGAGGAGAUUCGGCCUCAGGCUGAACCUGCUGGAGAUUGACAUCCCCACGGGCCGGACCCCGGAUGACUUUUACAACAUGAUGUGCAGGUGGCACAACAGGGUGGGCUCCAAGGCCUCUGUGAACACCCUGCUGGACACCCUGGAGCGCCUCAAGCUCGGUGGGGUGGCAGAGAACCUCUGUAAGACCCUGGUCCAGGAGCAGGGCUUUCAGUACGAAACGAGCUGAAGGAGCAGCUCUGCAGCUGUGAAAUACCCAGAACAGUCCAAUUGUAGCUGUUUAUAGCUGGCCUGUGCUCUUCUGCUCUUGAAGCCAUCAUGAGUUCAGCUGAGCCAGGAGGAGCUGAUCCUCAUGAGAAGCACAAGCCCCAGGCUCCCCUCUGCUGGAGUUACGAUGUUGGUUCUUCCUCGUGGAAUCCAAGCUGGUUUCUUGAUUUCACUGAGUCAACACCAAGAGUUCAACUAACUUCAAUCUGCCUUGGACAUCUCUCUUGGAAGCAUUGGUACUACCCAGAUUUCUUUGGGAUCUGUGCAGAGAAAGGUUUUUGGCAUCCCUGUGCUUCUGAACUGGAUCAUCCUUGAUCUUCAAAGGAUUCCUGGCAUCAUGAAAUGGCUUCUGCUUCUAGAACAUCUCUAAGUAAGCUUCAUUCUUCAUGCUUGGUGUUCUGCAAGAUCAGCUGGGAUCUUGGGCUGCUUUUUGUCAGCUAAAUUUUUAGGUUUGGGGUUUUUUUGUUUUUGUUUUUGUUUACAUGGUUCUGCUUGUUCUUAGGAGCCAGUUUAGAACUGUGCUUGGAGGGGACAGGGGGAAUGAUUGAUUUGCACAGUGGACACUGGGGUUGCCUGGGGAAAGGGACAAUGCAGGAGUCACCCUGCCCAGCCCCCUGCCAGGACCAGGGAUGGCUUCCUCUCCAUGAGGCUGCUCCAAGCCCCAUCCAGCCUGACCUUGAGUCUUUGCCAGGAUGGGGCAGAUUAUCGGGGCAGCCUUUCUGUCAGUGUUAGUGUCAUUUUGAAGGAUUUUUUUGUUAAAUUUAAUAUAAUUUAUUAUCUCAUUUCAUUCUAAGCCAUCCCCGUUCCUGGCACUCCAGGCCCCUGUCCAACUCUCCUGGAGUCCUUUUAGGUACUGGAAGGGGCUUGAAGGUGUCCCAGAGCCUUCUCCUCUCCAGGCUGGACAAUCCCAGCUCUCCCAGCCUGGCUCCAGAGGGGCUCCAGCCCUCCUCUGGAUUUGCUCCAGGACUUCCACAUCCUUGUGGAGGCCCCAGAGCUGAGGAGAAGGGGAGGAUCCCUCAGGUUACCCCAUGGCUGUGGGGUGGCUCUGCUGCCCCUGUGUGUGCCCCAGCGUGGAGGGGUGAAUGCACUGAGUGUGAGUGUGCCCUGGUACCUCCUGCCCAUCCCGACCCGGGGGCAAAUCCUCAAGCACUGCACCUCACACAGAGCUCAGGGACAACCCAGCUGGGAAAACAGCUGGGAAAACCACUGGAUUACUUGAGCUGCCACCCCAGUCCAUCCCCAAUGUGAUGGGAGGGUGCUGAGCACCCUCCCUGCUGCUCCCAUUCCCCCACCCUCCAACAAGACAAGCAGAACUUUUGUACUUAUUUAUUUAGCAACUGUAAAUAUUACAUAUAUUAACUUGAAACUUUUAUAAAAAUAUUGUUUUUGCUA